AUGUCCGAGGUGAGGUCUACAACGGUCAUCUCUCAGCUGGAGGUGAAGGUCAGCAAAUGUCCACAGCAGGAGGCUCUUGUGUUUUAUGACGUCGACCUCCACAGGUGUAGCUUGACUUACCUGGAGUUGUACACGCUAUCGGCCAGGUUCUCGAAACUUCUGCGUGACGCAGGUCUACAGAGAGGCGAGUACGUCUUGAGCACGCUUGACGUCUGCCCCGAGGCGGCUGUGGCGACGAUGGGGGUGCUGAUGGCGGGGGGCGUCAACGUGGCGGUGGAGGUGUUUAUGGCCAGUGGGGACACAUUUUACGACGUAGUGCAAAGAACCAAGGCCAGGUAUAUUAUCGCCUCAACCUCGGAUCAAGAUUUAAACUGGAAGUUAAUUGAGAGCAACUUCUCGUCUAGUGGCGACGACCUUAUUGCGCAUGUCAAAAAGAACGCGACCAACUUGAACUUCCUGGAAAAGGCGUUUAUCGUCAGGAGGUCAGACAACACCAGUUCCAAUCCAGGUUUUCUACAACACCUGAAAUCUAGAUCACAGGCGUAUGUGGACCCGGAUGUUGGACCCGGUGACCUGUGCAUGGUGUUCUGUACAGCAAGUGCUCACUCGCUCGUCUGCAUGGUGGGACACACCCACGGGGGGAUCAUCCAGGGUGCAGAGUCAUUUAGGGACAACCUGAACGGUGCGCGGAACUUCCUCUACCCCUCACCCAACUCCUGGGUGUCCUCCACCCCCGGGGACUUCCUGGUGUGGGGCACCACCAGGGUCAGCCUGGACAGGUGGCGCCCGUCCACAGCACGGACCCAGCACGAGCUUUUGGCUGACGUCAUCCAGCGCGAGACGAUUGAGAUGGCGUGGCUGGUCCCGGCGGACGCCCAGGCCGUCCUGGCGCAUUGGUUGCCACGCCCCCUUCCCAUGGUGCCUCACCUUAUAACAGGUGCCAUGCCAAUAUCCCGGGCUGCUAUCCUGCCGUUGAUGCCAGCUUGUUCUCUGCUCACCAUUCGUUACCUGGCCAGCGAGACCCAGGGCGUCAGUUUUAACAGCUUACGUCACGAGGGAGAUUUCCCAGACUUUGAUACCGGCGUUUUAGAGCCAGGCGUGGAGAUUCAAGUCAUAGACGAGGAUGGUACAGUUCUUGGUUCGGGACAACAAGGACGGCUUGCCUUGAGGACACCUGGUAUGUUCAGACAGUAUGUAGGACAACCUGAACAGGACACAGAGGACAGAUUUACACCUGACGGAUGGUUCCUCUCUUCUGAUGCUGGUUACCUGAGAGAAGACGGACACUUGUUUGUGAGCGGCCGAAAUGACGACAUGAUCUUACACAACAUCUUUAACAUUCAUCCGUCGUGGAUAGAAAAAGACAUCAGGACACACCAGGACGUUGAAAAAGUCGUUGUUGUUCCUAUACCCGACAAAGUCAACUACCACAACAUCUGCGCAUGCGUGGUAAGAAAACCCGGCAGUGACGUCACGAAAGAAGAAAUCCAAUCCCACUUCCGGAGUCAGUACGUGGCAGACGAACAGGACACGUUCUGUCCUACGGAGGUCCUGUUUCUUGAGUCGUUUCCAGAGGCGUCUCCCGGCCGGGUGGACAGGAGGGGACUGGCCCGUCUGGCUCAGGAGACCCUGGGGACGGCCAGGCUUGCGGAGUACGCGGUGGGUGUGGUCAAGCUGUUAGUUAACGGCCGCUUUGACUCGUCGGUGAAAGAUGAUCAGGACAUGUAA